GGGGGGGGUGUGUGUGCGGAAUUCAACCAGCCAACGCUGGAUUUAAACUAGCUAGAAGUUGCAAAGCAGCUCUUAUUUGAAAAACUACUGGGUUCUGAGUUCAUUCCUCCAGGAAAGUUGCUGUUUCCUAGAGCACAGAAAAUCUUGCUUCAGAGCAGCUCUACCAGCUCAGGAUUCCAGUUGGUUAAAAUCUGUCCCAGAGGAUAAUGGCAGCCUACGUUUUGCAAAUCGCUGGACUGGUGCUUGGUGGUAUUGGCAUGGUGGGCACAAUAGCUGUCACCAUCAUGCCUCAGUGGAGAGUGUCGGCCUUCAUUGGAAGCAACAUCGUGGUUUUUGAAAACAUGUGGGAAGGAUUGUGGAUGAAUUGCAUGAGGCACGCUAACAUCAGGAUGCAGUGCAAAAUCUACGACUCCCUUUUGGCUCUUUCUCCAGACCUACAGGCAUCCAGAGGACUUAUGUGUGCUGCUUGUGUACUGUCCUUCUUGGCUUUUAUGGCAGCCAUCCUUGGCAUGAAGUGUAUCAGCUGCACCGGGGACAAUGAGAAGGUGAAGAGUCACAUCCUGCUGACGGCUGGAAUCAUGUUCAUCAUCACAGGCAUUGUGGUGCUCAUCCCUGUGAGCUGGGUUGCCAAUUCCAUCAUCAGAGACUUCUACAACCCUAUAGUGAAUGCAGCCCAGAAACGUGAGCUUGGAGAUGCCCUCUACCUAGGUUGGACCACGGCACUGGUACUGAUUGCUGGAGGGGCCCUCUUCUGUUGUGUUCACUGCUGCAAUGAAGAGAGACGCAGCUACAGAUACUCAAUACCUUCCCAUCGCACCACUCAAAAAAGUUACCACAUGGAAAAGAAGUCACCGAGCAUAUACUCCAAAAGUCAGUACGUGUAAUUGUGUUUGUUUUUAAACUUUACCUAUAAAGCCAUGCAAAUGACUAAAAUGUCCACUAUUUUCUACAAAUGGAACCCCAAGGAACAUUGAUUUGCCAUUCUUAACUGCCUAACAUUAAUUAUAGGAAUUGUGCAUCAGCUAUUUAUGAUUCUAAAAGCUAUUUCAGCAGAAUGAGAUAUUACACACACUGGUUUGAUUGUUCUAGGAAGUACAGUAAUUUGUUUUCUAAAAUGCUUCAUGCAUCUAUUCCUUUUAUCAGUUACUUCAAAAUGACAUUGUUAAAGACUGCAUUAUUUUACAACUGUGAUUUCUCUAUGACACAGCGUUAUUUAUGUAAAUGUGCGUGACGUUUAUAUCUCACAUAAAUAGAGACAGGCUUAUUUGGCUCUAUUUAAAAUGAAAUACUUAUCCAUUACACUGAAUAAAUAGAACUCAACUAUUGCUUUCCCAAGGAAUCAGGGAUAGGAUUGAAGAAGGUUAAUAUUAAUUGUUUGAAAACAGCUUAGGGAUUAAUGCCCUCUAUUUGUAAUGAAGGUUAAAAUGAAGGUUUUAAUCAUCAGUGUAAAGAAAACUAAAUGGCUUUCUGAUAUUCAUUUUUCAGCCUAGAAGUUAGAAAUCUGAAUUGCUUUAUCCUUUUUCCUCAGAGGCCUUCCUUUUUUCGUAUAUUCAAUUAACAUCUUUUAAAAGGCAGAUAUUUUGUCAAGGGGCUUUGUAUUCAAAUACUUUUCUAGGACUAUACUAAGAAGAAAGGUAAAACUAUGAACUAAGAAACAUUAAAGAUUUGAGGAAUGUGAAAUUUUAUUCCACUUGUUUUUAUAGUUGAAGAGAAGAAUGCAUGUUGACAAAUAAUUGAAUGUGUAAGGAAAAUUUUAAUAACUAUUUGAGUACAACUUUAGGCUUUUAUGAAUAUAAUAA